AAAGGCUGCCGGGAAGACGUGGCUGUAGGCAACCGAGAGUGCGGCGCAGGAAGACACUUAGAGCAGAGGCUGCCGGGAGCGCGCGGCCAGAGUGAGGCGCAGGCGCAGAACAGAGACUGCCGGGAGCGCGCGGCGGGGCGGAAGUGGCCGCCUGCCCUGUCCGGCCCUACGCAGGUAGGCGGCAGCCCGCAGGCUCCGGAGCCAGGCCCUCAGUGGGUGAGUGACGGUGCGCCCGCGGCCGGGUGCCCUCCCUCGCUGUGUUCUGGGGCCUGUUGCCACCCGCAUCCGUCCGGCCCGGCCCCAGGCACCUCAAACUCCCCCCCGCAGCUAGGCUGUGACGGGUGCCGGACAGACAGACGUCUUUCCCCCUCUGGCUUGUGUGGGAGACCUCCCCUUUCUGAUGAGGGUGCCGUGCUGAAGUAGUGCGAAACUUCUUCCUCUUCUGACUAGCAUGCUUCAAAUGCCCCUAGCGACAGUACCUUCCCUCCCUCCCUGCCUGGCCUGGGCACGGGCUCUCCAGUUUGGCACUUGAUCACCUCUCUAACAGACCCACCUACGCACCCCAUCCUCACCUGUAACCGCCCACUUCCUUGCUCCUGUCCUGGCUCUUCUUGCUGUCAUCUAAGAUUGGACCUUCCCCCUAGGCAGCAUAGUGCACUAUCCUUUUUUACUACCCGACUACCGACACCCCCUGCUUCUUCUGCACACCCCCUAGUCCCUUUCUGCACAUACAACCCUAAUCUCGGCUAGACUCUCCCAGCCUCGAAGUCGGGCAUCACCUGGUCCAUCCUUACAGAGCUUCCUGCCCCUAGCACCUGUGACAUUCAUACGCCUCCAGUAAACCCAAGCACCUUUCUGCAGUCACUCGGGAGUGCCUCAGUAACCAGCUUCAUUUCCCAGUUCCAUCUCAGGUCUAUAUACUGGACAAAGCUUAGACCUGGGAACCUGGUCUCACGGUGUCAGUGGGGCCUGACUGACUAGAUCUUACAAGCUCCCAAGACUGUCCUGCAUGUACUGCAGACCCUGCCUUGGGAACUCCUUCUCCCUGCCCCUCUGGGGCUUGUCUGAGGACCAUCCUUCUGGACUGGGCUACAGGCCCUCCUUUGAGCUGCUCCCUAGACCUCGGCCUAGCAGUCUUGCUGGAACCCGUGAGCACAGCCUACUUCCUUCUGGAUAAGACAAGGGAUCUCUGUCACAUAGAGCCCAGAGCGUCUUUGCUUGGCUAGAGACAGAAUUCUGUGUGCUUUCUUGCUUUCUUUGUUCCAUUUGACCUGUUAUAAAAAAGUAAAUGCUUCUUGCAACUGAAUGGACCAUGUACUGUGACCAUAUUGUCCCUCAGUCCCCUUUACCACGUAAUAUGCACCAGUGUGUCCAGGAAUGCAUGACAUCCUCUGCCUGCUGAGCAGCGGGGACAGGAGGAGAGGUCUAGAGAGUGGAAGAGGCAGGUGUCCCGUUGCCACCCACCUGACUGUGGCAUGUGUGCCCAUGAAGCUCCCACAGAUACGUGCGACCCUGUCACCUGAGCCUUGGAACAUCCUUCGCAGUGUGGCUGUCUUCGCCGUGGCCAUACAGCCUUUUGUAGAAAACACAUGUGAGAGCUCAGCACUCAGGAGGCUGAAGCAGGAGGAUUGUCUUGAGUUCAAGACUAGACUGUCUUGAGAAUGAAAACAGACACCGUCCAUUGCACUGGUUAGCCGUCCAUUGCACUGGUUAGCCUCUUCUCUGAGGCCUUCAAUUGCUCCUUCAAAGUCUGCGCUGGCCUGGAAGACUCCUGGACAGGGGACAGUAGCAGCCUCCCCCAGGAGGGAAGACUUACUGGGUCCUGUCCAGAGUGCAGUCUGAUGCCCAUCCAGCCCUUUGACCAGCGGGAAUGGAAUGAGCCUAUGCACUCCCUCCGGAUCAGUGUAGGGGGCCUUCCUGUGCUGGCAUCCAUGACCAAGGCCACGGACCCUCGCUUCCGCCCCCGCUGGCGGGUGAUCCUCACGUCCUUUGUGGGUGCUGCCCUCCUCUGGCUGCUGUACUCCCACCAUCAGGGCCCAGUGCCAGGCAGGCCCCCCACCCACAAUGCGCACAAUUGGAGGCUCAGCCAGCAGCGCAUCUCUCAUUACAACGACACCUACCCCCUCUCCCCCCCACAGAGGACUCCAGGUGGGAUUCGGUACCGAAUCGCAGUCAUUGCUGACUUGGACACGGGGUCCAGGGCCCAGGAAGAAAACACUUGGUUUAGCUACCUUAAGAAAGGCUACCUGACCCUGUCGGACAGCGGGGACAGGGUCAGCGUGGAGUGGGAUAAAGACCACGGGGUCCUAGAGUCCCACCUGGCAGAAAAGGGGCGGGGCAUGGAGCUCUCAGACCUGAUUGUCUUCAAUGGGAAACUCUACUCCGUGGAUGACCGCACAGGGGUCAUCUACCAGAUCGAAGGCACCAAAGCAGUGCCCUGGGUGAUCCUUUCUGAUGGCGAUGGAACUGUGGAGAAGGGUCAACUGCUGCUACUCAGCCUUGCUCUGAGCCCACCCAGUACAAGGGUCUGUAUGCUGAGCAGCAAUGACUCCUGGGAACAGAAUCUGAUAUUAGCUUCAUGUGUAGCAGGUUUCAAAGCUGAAUGGCUUGCUGUGAAGGACGAACACCUGUAUGUGGGCGGCCUGGGCAAGGAGUGGACCACCACGACAGGGGAGGUGAUGAACGAGAACCCUGAGUGGGUGAAGGUGGUAGGCCACAGGGGCAGUGUGGACCACGAGAACUGGGUGUCCAGCUACAACGCCCUGAGAGCAGCCGCCGGGAUCCGACCACCAGGCUACCUCAUUCACGAGUCCGCCUGCUGGAGCGACACACUGCAGCGCUGGUUCUUCCUGCCUCGUCGGGCUAGCCACGAACGCUACAGCGAGAAGGACGAUGAACGCAAGGGCAGCAACCUCCUGCUGAGCGCAGCCCAGGACUUCAGGGACAUCUCUGUGAGGCAAGUGGGGACUCUGAUCCCCACCCACGGCUUCUCAUCCUUCAAAUUCAUCCCCAACACGGAUGACCAGAUCAUCGUGGCUCUCAAGUCGGAAGAGGACAAUGGCAGAAUCGCCACCUAUGUCAUGGCCUUCACGCUGGACGGCCGCUUCCUGCUUCCAGAGACCAAGAUCGGCACUGUGAAGUACGAAGGAAUAGAGUUCAUCUAGAUGAGUAAGCUCGCACGCCCAGAGGGGCGAGGGCCAGCGGCUGUGUUACACCAGGACUCAUAAAAACCGGGAGCGCCUCCACUCGUUUGCUUUUUUUCUUUUUUUAACUAAGAGCUGUGUUCCUGGCUAGAGAAUUUCAUUAUAGGGAGCUGAGCCCCGGCCCAUAUGGGUGUACUGCUCGGAGACUGGGAGCAAGGGGUCCUAUACAAGGAACCCCAGGUGCUCCGCCCACCCGCGCUCACUCUGCACUGCCACUUGGUGGUAGGGAUUGAUCACUGCUGCAGCUAUCUUCUGAGCCUCUGGCCUUCAGAAUCCAGCCAUGCCUUUCCCUGGUCUCUGGCCUUUCCACCACUUCUCUGUCCAGUAUGUGUCUUUGAAGCAGCCCCGUGUUAAACCCUAGCUUAACCCUGGGAGCACACAAUAGUCUGAGGUAGGCCUGCCAGCCAGGCACUGGGGGGGGGGGGGGGGGGCCCUCUUUCUCCCAUGUGACUCUGGCAUUCCAUAUGCUGCAGACCCCUGGAAAGUGAAUGUUUACAUGGCAGGGUGAGGGCCACCCCUUGGGAGGCACCUGCCCACACUCUGGAGCCUCUCUAGCACAGGAUUGCUUGCGAGCUGUUGAUAACUUCAUUUCUCCCCUCAGGAGGAUUUUUGUGCUGUACAGCCUUUUAAAGUCCAAAUUAUUAACUUAUUUUUACUAGAGCAGUUUCUUUUCCUGAAUAACAGAGUCACCAGACUUCAUCACACAGUGACAGUGGAGUUCCCACAUGCACUUCCAGGAGCGAGGGACUUGUCCCCACACCCACAGUGGCGACGUGAGCUUUUACAGAAAGAGUCUCAGCAUCCCUGGCCUCUGCAACUUCCAAGGGCUGCCAUGCUUUCACCCCUCAGCAGUGGUUGAGGGAGGGGCUGCACCUGACUGGAGACCUGCCCUCAUUGGCUCCUGGUGGGUGUUUAGCAGCCUUCUCUCUAGGGAGGCCUCACUGUUUUCUGCUGUCCUGUUCUGUCCAUGUUCAAAAGAGCCAAGGCAGCAGAGUCAGGCUCAGAGGUCAUUCUGCAGGCAGCAGCACCUCACCUGCCUCCGGCACCCUUAGAACAGGACACCGGUACUGCUGUAGGCACAGGGCCCUGAUGACCGUCACAAACCCCUUCCACAGGAAGCCACUGCCACUGGGGCCUGACUACCCUCAGUACAGCAGGCUGCUGCUGACUUGUGGUGCUGAGGUCUUCGUGUACUGUUGUGCUGGGAGCUCAGCCAAACCUCCUUGAUGUGUGUCAACUGUGUUCGGUUGUGUGAUUCUGAGCUGAAAGAUGAAAUGAGAGAGGUUGAGAGAGACCUGGGCCCCUCGCUGAGGAGCCUUCCACAUACCUUCCUUUCCCUGAGCAAUGAUUGUGUCUUUCCAUUGUUUUAUAAACAAUAAAGUGUCAGGGGAAUGUG